AUCGGCCUACUUUGAAUUAUCAUAACCUACCUUGUACUUCUGUGCUUUCUACGUGUGUGGGGGUUGAUCAUCCUUAGCGAGUCAGAUAGUACGUGCGGGAUUGAGAAAUUUGUGUAACAAUCUAGCCUCUGGAUAACGACGAUCCAAGCAAGCUGAAAGAAAGAACAAGACAGUUAAUAAGUCUAAUUCUUAAGCCUCGUCGUCUGUAAGGACUAUUUCAAUGCCAAAUCUUAUUAUCUAUCUACGUUGAUCAGUUGAAAUGAGUGUGGCCAUGUGUUAGUGUGUGUGUGUAGUUAAUCGAUGCUUCUGGGCCUUAUGAACGACGGGAUAUCUCCAUUGCAGCCUGCUGCCCUCUCCCUAAACGGCAGUGGAGUUUCGCCCCAUGCGAGCUGCCCUAAUGCCAGUCCGGCGUCUCCUGUUAUACCGUCGUUUGGUUUCACGCAGGAACAGGUUGCUUGCGUCUGCGAAGUCCUGCAGCAAUCGGGGAACAUAGACCGUUUGGGUCGUUUUCUUUGGUCACUCCCUGCUUGUGAACAUCUCCAAAAGAACGAGAGUGUAUUGAAAGCAAGAGCUCUUGUGGCCUUUCAUCGAAAUAACUUCAAGGAGUUGUACCGUAUUUUAGAAAGCCACAACUUUACGCCAGCUUCCCACCCCAAGUUACAAGCUCUUUGGCUUAAGGCGCAUUACAUCGAAGCUGAGCGGAUCCGCGGCCGGCCACUGGGAGCAGUCGGGAAAUAUCGCAUCCGUAGGAAAUUCCCCCUUCCCCGAACCAUCUGGGACGGAGAGGAAACCAGUUAUUGCUUUAAGGAGAAGUCCCGAAACGUACUUCGAGAGUGGUACGCGCACAAUCCCUAUCCCUCCCCUCGAGAAAAACGGGAGCUUGCCGAAGCUACAGGACUUACAACCACGCAGGUCAGUAACUGGUUCAAAAACCGCCGACAGAGGGAUAGGGCAGCGGAAGCAAAAGACAGGGACGGUGGCGAUAGGUCCAAGAACACUGGUUCUGGUCUUGACACUGGACAGGACACAGAGCCUGAGACAAUAGACAAAAAUGACCACAAGUCGGCCAACGACCCUUUCUUGCAGACUUCCGAUUCCGAACAAGCGAACAGUCACGAUGAGAUGUCUUUCUGCAACGAUAUUAAGCCCGUACUUCAUCCGGUAACUACCACAGGCCCUGGGCUAGACCUUCCGCCCGCGGCUACCAUCACAGGUUUAGCCUCCGCUCUGUCAUUGGUUCAUGCUCACUCUUCGCCUAACGAUAACACCUCUACUGGCGCGUUUCGAGUGGAUAGUGUCACCGACGGACAGUCAGCGGUUCCUGGCAGCUUCUUGGCUACACAAUUGAGUGACCUCGGAUUAGGCCUAGCAGCGGCCUAUCACUCUUUAUAAUAUUCUUAUGCUUGGACUUAACAAUAAAAGUAUUUUAUGAAAAUAUCAUCGUGGAUCUUCAUUCCCAAGAAUGGGUCUAUAUGUACUUACGAGCAGAACAGAGCUCUUAAUGAUUAUGGUCCCAUUUGAGCGAUAUUUAUAGUCUUUUGGUUUUAGAAGAGCCCGAAACGUCCGUUGUUUAACAAGCAGACGAUCAGGGACCCCUCUGGCAUACCCAAGUCUGUUUUUUUGUUAACAGCUGUGCGAUGGGGUAUUUGUGUGUAUAUAUCACAGUGCGAUGGAUGAGAGCUAUUCCCGCUGCCUGCAUUUCUCAAGGAAAACUAAUUUGGAAUAAAACACGCCAAAGUUCAGCUUACAAGCACACCCAGUUUAGGUAGAGGUUGGUAUAACGUGAAAGGAGUGUAAAAAUAGAGCAGAGUUAGGCUUAACGGAGACGUCUCACCGCUUCGUUCUUCACGGUUAUGUUGAUAAUUUCGUUGCACUGUGGGACCCAUAAGAAAUUCACAGUUUAGUCUAACGUCAUGCCACACUUGUAAACAACCAGUUCUAUACGGAAUAAACAUAAUUUUAUCAAACGAAUCUUAAAGUUAACUUACAUUCUAUAUACCGUUGUGAAAACUAAGCAAACAAUUUCAGUAAAAAAAGGAUUAUUUUUUAAUUGUCACGUCAUUUUGUACUAAGGUAUUGGUAAAUGAGAAAUUAAUUUAAGAAUACUUUACAAAUUAUUAUUUAAUUUCUACAUCCGAUCGCACAUAUAUAUAUAUGUAAAGAGUAAACAAGUAAUUUCACUUGUGUACCAUCUAAUAGAAUAUGGGUGAUCCGGGAUAUUGUAGUUUUCUAAAUUUUAAGGCGUGCAAAUGUACUUAUAAAUAUAAACCAACUAAACGUUCUCAUAAAGUUGUAAUCAAUGGUAAUAUGCUGUAAUAAACUUAUUUUAAAUAAAA